AUGAAGGCAAACAUAAGGAAGCUAUACAGGGACAGCUUUGCGCUUAUUAUUCUCACAUCAUUCAGUGUUCACUUGAUAACCGGCGAAGUACUUUCUUGCCCUCACUUCUCCGAACUAGCUAUGGCAGAGCAUAAAAGUAAUGAAGACGUCCUAAAGAAUUAUGAGCGCAACGCGAAGAUCGGCAAGGGAAAGCACGGUGUCGUUUACAAGGCCUUGGACAAAAGAAGCAGCAAAUACGUUGCAAUGAAGAAAAUCCGCACACUGGACGGGGAAGAGGAAAUCCCAACAACGACAGUCCGAGAGAUAUCGUUGCUCAGAGAGCUAGCCCAUCCGAACAUCAUCGCUUUGAAUGAAUUUGUGCUGGACGAUGACUGCGCAUAUCUGGUAUUUGAGCACUGCCCGAUCGACCUAAAUGCCUAUAUCCAUUCGCUUUCAGAUGGUAAGCUCAUUGACCGGGAGGUCCAGAAGCAGUAUACGUACCAGAUGCUCCAGGCGAUCUGCUUCUGUCACCAACGCGGCGUCAUGCACCGCGAUUUGAAGCCGGGGAUUAUCAUGAUGGACGAGAAGGGAGCCCUCAAGCUUGCUCAUUUCGGCAUUGCGCGACCAGUCGGCCUUCCGAUCGAAGCGUAUACACAAAGGGCCUUUACGCUUUGGUACGCGACUCCCGAACUACUACUUGGCAGCACUCGUUAUUCAGCGGGAGUGGACAUCUGGAGUAUCGGAUGCAUCUUUGCUGAACUGGCUAUCACAGAGCCACUCUCCCCAGGCGACUCACAGAUUGAUCAGUUAUACCGUAUUUUUUAA